CGGGGCCGGGGCGCUGCAGCCCGGGGCGGAGAAGGGGCGAGAUGGCGUCGUACGUGGAUAACAGCUUCCGCCAGGCGGUGAUGAAGAACCCGGCGGAGAGGAGCCCCCAGGAUUUGGAGAUAGUGUAUUCCUAUUUACAUGGAAUGGAAGCCUUGUCUAAUCUGAGGGAACACCAGCUCAGGCUGAUGUGUGAAACUGUGAGAUAUGAAAGGCAUGAAGCAAACGAAGUUCUGUACUACCCUGAUGAUAUUGGCUCCUGUUGGUAUAUCCUGCUGUCUGGUUCAGUAUUCAUCAAAGAGUCUAUGUUUCUUCCAAGGAGCAGUUUUGGCAAGCGUUCUGCAGGAAGCUUCAGGCGUGGCUGUGAAUGCAUUGUUUUAGAGCCAUCUGAAAUGAUUGUGGUGGACUAUAUGGAUGAAAAUGAAGAAUAUUUCCAGCGUCAAGCUUCCCAUAGACAAUCCCGAAGGAGAUUUAGGAAAAUCAAUCAAAAAGGAGAAAGACAAACCAUUAUUGAUACUGUGGAUCCUUAUCCUGUGGGGAAGCCACCUUUACCUAGAGGUUAUCAUACGGAAUGCACUAAACCUCAGCUUCCUGCAGAUUUCACAAAACUGCAUCUUACUGACAGUCUCCACCCACAGGUGACCCACGUUACCUCUAGUCACUCAGGAUGUAGCAUCACUAGUGAUUCUGGAAGCAGCAGUCUUUCUGAUAUUUACCAGGCCACGGAAAGUGAGGCUGGUGAUAUGGAUCUGAGUGGGUUACCGGAGACUGCAGUGGAUUCUGAGGAUGAUGAUGAUGAUGAAGACAUUGAGAGGGCAUCAGACCCUCUGAUGAGCAGGGAUAUUGUUAGAGACUGCCUGGAGAAAGACCCAAUAGACAGGACAGAUGAUGACAUUGAACAACUGUUGGAAUUCAUGCAUCAGUUGCCUGCUUUUGCCAACAUGACAAUGUCAGUGAGGAGAGAACUUUGUGCUGUGAUGGUAUUUGCGGUUGUGGAGAGGGCAGGAACCAUAGUACUAAAUGAUGGGGAAGAGCUGGACUCCUGGUCAGUUAUAUUGAAUGGUUCUGUGGAAGUGACAUACCCUGAUGGAAGAACAGAGAUACUGUGCAUGGGAAACAGUUUUGGUGUUUCCCCUACCAUGGACAAGGAAUACAUGAAAGGAGUGAUGAGAACCAAAGUGGAUGACUGCCAGUUUGUCUGCAUAGCCCAACAGGAUUACUGCCGCAUCCUCAAUCAAGUGGAAAAAAACAUGCAGAAGGUAGAAGAGGAGGGGGAGAUUGUUAUGGUGAAGGAGCACAGGGAGCUUGAUCGCACUGGAACAAGAAAGGGUCACAUUGUCAUCAAGGGAACAUCAGAAAGGUUAACAAUGCAUUUGGUGGAAGAGCACUCAGUGGUGGAUCCAACGUUUAUUGAAGAUUUCCUUUUGACCUACAGGACCUUUCUUUCCAGCCCAAUGGAAGUGGGCAAGAAAUUGUUGGAGUGGUUCAAUGACCCUAGCCUCAGGGAUAAGGUUACACGGGUAGUAUUAUUGUGGGUGAACAAUCACUUCAAUGAUUUUGAAGGAGAUCCUGCUAUGACUCGAUUUCUAGAGGAAUUUGAAAACAAUUUGGAAAGAGAGAAAAUGGGUGGACAUUUGAGGCUAUUAAAUAUUGCAUGUGCUGCUAAAGCUAAACGAAGAUUGAUAACAUUAACAAAGCCAUCUCGAGAAGCCCCUUUGCCUUUUAUCUUGCUGGGAGGGUCAGAAAAGGGAUUUGGAAUCUUUGUUGACAGUGUGGAUUUAGGUAGCAAAGCCACAGAAGCAGGCUUGAAACGUGGUGACCAGAUACUGGAGGUGAAUGGGCAAAACUUUGAAAACAUUCAGCUGUCAAAAGCCAUGGAAAUUCUUAGAAAUAAUACUCAUUUAUCUAUCACUGUGAAAACCAACUUAUUUGUUUUUAAAGAACUUCUAACAAGAUUGUCAGAAGAAAAAAGAAAUGGUGCUCCCCACCUACCUAAAAUUGGUGAUAUUAAAAAGGCUAGUCGUUACUCCAUCCCAGACCUUGCUGUUGAUGUGGAGCAGGUGAUAGGACUAGAAAAAGUAAAUAAGAAAAGUAAAGCCAACACUGUUGGAGGGAGAAACAAACUAAAGAAGAUACUUGACAAAACUCGAAUCAGUAUCCUGCCUCAGAAACCAUACAAUGACAUUGGAAUUGGCCAGUCGCAGGAUGACAGCAUUGUAGGAUUGAGGCAAACCAAACACAUUCCUCCUGCUUUACCUGUCAGUGGAACCCUGUCAUCCAGUAAUCCAGAUUUAUUGCAGUCACAUCACCGCAUCUUAGAUUUCAAUAGUACUCCAGACUUACCAGACCAAGUUCUGAGGGUUUUCAAGGCAGACCAGCAGAGUCGUUAUAUUAUGAUUAGUAAGGACACAACAGCAAAGGAAGUGGUCAUUCAGGCAAUUAGAGAGUUUGCUGUAACUGCUACUCCCGAUGCGUAUUCUUUGUGUGAAGUCUCUGUCACUCCAGAGGGUGUAAUCAAGCAAAGGAGGCUUCCAGAUCAGCUAUCCAAGCUUGCUGAUAGGAUACAGCUAAGUGGCAGGUAUUAUCUGAAAAACAACAUGGAGACAGAAACAUUGUGUUCAGAUGAAGAUGCUCAGGAGUUACUGCGGGAAAGUCAAAUUUCCUUACUGCAGCUCAGUACUGUUGAGAUGGCUGCUCAGCUCUCCAUGCGAAACUUUGAGCUGUUUCGUAACAUUGAACCCACAGAGUACAUAGAUGACCUGUUUAAACUCAAAUCUAAAACCAGUUGUGCUAACUUGAAAAAGUUUGAAGAAGUGAUAAACCAAGAAACAUUUUGGGUAGCAUCUGAGAUUCUAAGAGAAACCAAUCAGCUAAAAAGAAUGAAGAUCAUUAAACACUUCAUUAAGAUAGCACUGCACUGCAGGGAAUGCAAGAACUUCAACUCCAUGUUUGCAAUUAUCAGUGGCCUGAAUUUGGCACCGGUUGCAAGGCUCCGCACUACUUGGGAAAAACUUCCAAGCAAAUAUGAGAAGCUGUUUCAAGAUCUUCAAGACUUGUUUGAUCCGUCUAGGAACAUGGCAAAAUAUCGUAAUGUCCUGAACAGCCAGAACCUACAGCCUCCCAUUAUUCCUCUCUUCCCUGUUAUCAAAAAGGACCUUACAUUCCUUCAUGAAGGAAAUGACUCAAAAGUGGAAGGCUUGGUCAAUUUUGAGAAGCUGAGAAUGAUUGCAAAAGAAAUUCGUCAUGUUGGUCGAAUGGCUUCUGUUAAUAUGGAUCCUGCUGUAAUGUUCAGAACUAGGAAGAAGAAAUGGAGGAGUUUGGGGUCUCUCAGCCAGAGCAGUACAAAUGCAGCAGUGCUAGAUGUUGCACAAACAGGGGGACACAAAAAGCGGGUACGUCGCAGCUCCUUUCUCAAUGCCAAAAAACUGUAUGAAGAUGCUCAAAUGGCACGAAAAGUGAAGCAGUACCUCUCUAACUUGGACCUGGAAAUGGAUGAAGAGAGCCUCCAAACACUGUCUCUGCAGUGUGAGCCAGCUACCAACACAUUACCGAAGAAUCCAGGGGACAAACGGUCUGGGAAACAGGAAAUGUCACCAGUGGCACCUAGGGCAGGAAUUCAGCAGAAGGUGCAGCAACAGCAUAAAAUAAACCAAGCAUUGCAGGUCCCUGCUGUGUCCCUCUAUCCCUCUCGCAAGAAAGUACCAGUGAAAGACCUCCCACCGUUUGGCAUUAACUCCCCACAAGCUUUAAAAAAAAUUCUUUCAUUGUCUGAAGAAGGAAGUUUGGACCGUCACAAGAAACAAGCUGAAGACACAAUAUCAAAUGCAUCUUCACAGUUGUCUUCUCCUCCCACAUCACCACACACCUCUCCAAGGAAAGGUUAUACUUUGGCUCCCAGUGGCACCGUGGAUAACUUUUCAGAUUCUGGUCACAGCGAAAUUCUUCCAGAUCUAGUAUGUCAGCAAUUCUUCAUUUGACUCCUGCCAGUGUCACUGCAUGAUGAGAGGAGACAGAGGCAUUCUGUCAGCAUUGUGGAGACUAAUCUUGGUGUGGGGAGAAUUGAGAGAGCCAUGAUUGAACCAGAUCAAUACAGCUUAGGUUCAUAUGCACCACUGUCAGAGAACAGAGGCCUGUAUGCUGGAGCAACUGUGCUUUCUUCUCCCAGUACAGAAGAGCUCUCACAGGCAGGGGAUCGCACUUCACUUGAUGCCGCAGACAGGUGGCCGUGGCAGCUGACUUCUUGCUCAAGCGUUUCUCAUGACAACAUACGCAUACAACACCAGAGAAGCUGGGAGACUCUUCCUUUUGGACAUGUUCAUUUCGAUGUUUCAGGCGAUGGGGCAGGAUUAUGGGCCUCAGGCAGUCAUAUGGACCAGAUGAUGUUCCCCGAUCAUGGCACAAAAUAUGGCAGGCAGAGUCAAGGUAGGGAGGGCCUUGAUCAAGCACAGUCCAGAGCAAGCUGGGCAUCCUCAACAGGCUACUGGGGAGAGGACUCAGAAGGUGAUACAGGUACCAUAAAGCGGCGGGGUGGGAAGGAUGUUUCAAUUGAAGCUGAAACCAGUAGCAUAACAUCUGUAACAGCAGAGGAGUCAAAGCCAGCUCCCAUGUCCUCUCAUAUAACUGUAUCAUCAAGUAGUGCAAAGGGGCUUAUUGCACGAAAAGAAGGUCGAUAUCGAGAACCACCUCCAACUCCCCCUGGUUAUGUAGGAAUACCUAUUGCAGACUUUGCGGAAGGAGUUUCCCAUCCAACUAGAAAACCUCCGGAUUACAACGUAGCACUUCAGAGGUCUAGGAUGGUAGCACGGACAUGUGAGACCCAUGGGACUUCAACUUUGCAGCAGCAAUCACAAGGUCACUCAGCUAGCAGGCCUGUGAACAAACCUCAGUGGCACAAACCAAAUGAGUCAGAUCCACGUCUUGCUCACUAUCAGUCUCAAGGGUUUUCCACAGAGGAGGAUGAAGAUGAACAAGUCUCUGCCGUCUAAGAAUUGGGGCUUUUCUGGAUCCAGAGUGAGCCACCUUAAAGGAGAGCACAAGAAGACGUCCCUAGUAUAGGAGCCUUGGAACUAUAAUUAAAGGAUGGUAGACCUAUUUGCCUCCUUCCCUGCCUUAAAGCAGCAUGGGGCUUCUUCUCCCCCAUUCCUCCCCCCUUUCCCCUUGCAUGUGAAAUACUGUGAAGAAAUCGCCCUGGCACUUUUCAAACUGUGUUGCUUGAAAUGCACAGUGCAGCAAUCUCCAAGCUACCACUGUCGCUGUCUGCCACAUCACACAGUAUCAUUCCAAAUUCCAAGAUCAUCACAUCCUUAACUCUGGCUGCAUUUCCCAAUGCCUGGAAGGGUUUUGAAAUCUUCUUUUUAGAUUUUAAUCAUAAUCCUAGCACUUUAUCUCAUUGGGAUAAUGAGAUAUGCUAGUUUUCAAAUGACAUUGAGCCUUUAACGUACAAAGAGAAAAACACAUUGAAAUCCUUCAAGUAUACAGUGCUUGUUUGCUUGUUUACAAUGCCUUUGUUACAGUGCUGUAUGUUGUUGUGUUCAGAAAGCAAAUGUUACACCUGCAUAAUAAUUACAGUAUUAUUUCAGACUUUUUAGUAGGGUUGCCAGCUUGGGCUUCUAAAAACAAAACUGAUAUGGCUGAGCAGGGCCAAAUGGAAGGCAGGAAGGGUUUUAGGAUACAGCCUUUCAUUGACCACCUUGCUCCACUCUUAAAGUGCCCCACCCUGGAGUUUUAGAAAGUUUGUAAAUCAUAGGAUAGUAUUUUGAAAUGGGUCUAGCACCAAUGCAGUGCUAAAUGCUUGCAUCUAAUGGGGGAAAACAGGACAACUUGUAUAGUUUGUACCAUACAAUUUGUAUACCUGUGCCUUGUGAAAUACAGGAUGGCAUAGUUUUUUUGUUUGUUUGUUUUGUUUUUAAGUCCUAUUCAAAUGAGACAGAUGGUAAACCCCACCUUUAAAUUAUUUUUUUGUCUUACUAAAGUUAGAAAGUUAGUUACUUUAAGAGAAAAAUGAACUGGAUAACAUUGCAGUGAAGGCAAUUUGGGAUGUCACAGCUAAUGUCAGCUGUUAUUUCUGUUCUAAUAAUCUCUCUCUAUUGACUUGGCAUUAGGGAAUAAACAAGCCUUUAAAUUAUGAAAAAACACAUUUAGACACGCGAGCCUUUGCAGUGCAGAAAUAGUCACAACUGUUAAUGGCUUUAUGGAACACUGCAUGUGUAGAAAAGGCCAAUGUGUAGCAACCACCUGCUCACAGCUGCUAUUAACCCUAUAAUGACUGAAAUGAUCCUUCCCCUCUAUUUUUGUGUUGUUUUUGCACAGACUCCGGAAAAGUGAAGGCUGCCAAUCCAAGUAGUACUCAAAUGUGAGGAACUGCUGGUCUUGGUUUUUUGUUUUUUUUUCAUUGAACUCAGCUGAUCAUAUUGAUCAGUAGAUAAACGUAAAUAGCUUCAACUUUGAAAAUCAAACUGCAGUGUUUUUUCACUGUAUCAAACAAUGUCAGUGCUUUAUUUAAUUAUGCUCUCUCCUGUAAUCAUGGCUUUUGUCUAUUUGCUUAUAUAUCACAUUGUCGAUUAUGAAUUUGUAAUUUUACAUGUAAUAUGCAUUAUUUGCCAGUUUUAUUAUAUAGGCUAUUGACCUCAUGUGCAUAUAGAAAGACAGAAACCUAGCUCUAUCACAAGUUGCACAAAUAUUAUAUAAGCAUUAAGUAACUGUAGACCAUAGGACUGCUAAUCUCAGUUCACUCUGUGAUGUCAAGUGCAGAAUGUACAAUUAACUGGUGAUUUCCUCAUACUUUUGAUACUACUUGUACCUGUAUGUCUUUUAGAAAGACAUUGGUGGAGUCUGUAUCCCUUUUGUAUUUUUAAUACAAUAAUUGUACAUAUUGGUUAUAUUUUUGUUGAAA